AUGAAUAUUAAGCGAGUACCCCGCAGCGUCUUCGAGGGCCGGCACUACACCUGCAGCGCCGACAAUCACUGCGAGAUCACUAAUGAAUCCCGGAACCGAUGUCGCGCCUGUCGUUUCCGGAAUUGCCUGGAGGGUGGGAUGAACCCGAAGCAUGUCCGAGAAGAGAGGAGCAAAUCCGAUCGUCUACCCCAAGAUCAUCACCAUCAUCGCCCUCAGGAGCCCCAGCAACCCGUUCGGACGGCUAGCACUCCAGUCGAAGAGCAGCAGAUCACGCUCUUCCUCGCCGCCCUCGAGCGCCAGUGCGAGCAGCUCACUGACGAGGAUGCUACGACCGAACAAUCGCAGCUGCACGAGAUCGCCAAGCAGGUCACCGACAGCCUCAGCCUGCAGAAUAUCGCCCGGGUGCGCAGGAGGCCGAUGGUGUGGACGUGCGAGCGCGUGAUGAGCGACGAGGACAUCUCAUCGGCCUGGUACCGCGCCUUUGUGCUGCUGGCCGAUUGGGCGAUGAGCAUUCCGGAAUUCCGGAUACUUCCUCAGAACGAUCAGACAACCCUCUUCCGCCAGAACUUCAACACGUUCGGCUGGCUGCACUACGCCUACAAGUGCUUCUCGCACGGCCACAUGGCGAUGGGCACCCCGAUCGGCAACGGCUCCUACAUUCCCUACCAAGAUAUCGAUCUGAUCAAGCUUGGGCCAAAAUGGGCAGCCACCUACGGGCAACUCGGCAAAAAGAUCAUCGAGAGCCUCGUGAAACCCAUCGCCGAGCUGGACAUUGACGAAGAGGAGUAUUGCCUCCUGAAGACCAUCGCCCUCUUUCAUCCUGACAACUCGCUGUCCGACGCUGGUGCCGCCAUCGCCAGUCGGCAACGCGACAAACUUCUCGAAGCCCUGGCUGUGCACAUUGAGCGUCGAUACCCCAACCUCAGCACUUCCCAGAAGACGGCCAGGACCCUAAAGUCCAGCCUGCUCUUCCCUUCACUUAUUGCAGUCUCCCAAUUCGAGGCCUCCUUCAUGCAAAACCUCAGCGCGCUCGAGGUGGCCUCCCUGUGCGGCAUCUCCGGCGACGUGCUGCGCUCCCUCGAACAAAAG